AUGACCCCCUCCCAAGCCCACCCAAUCCUCCUCUCAAUCCUUACCGCUGAAUUCCCCUUCUCCUACGCCGUCUCAACCCAAUUCGCCCUCCUAAAAUCCUACGCCAUCCCCUCGGGAACCUCCCUCCUCGUCGCAACCCGCCGCCUCACCUCCCCACGCACCGUCGCGAAACGCUCAGAGGAUACAGCAAUCUUCAUAUCCGAACUCCUCACCAGCGGCCUGGAUACAGAGCGCGGGCUCAGGGCGCUGAGCAAGAUGAAUUGGAUCCACAGACAGUACGGAAACAAGAUCACAAACGAGGAUAUGAUCCAUACAUUUGCGCUGUUCGUCCUCGAGCCGCUGCGGUGGAUUGAGCGGUUCGAGUGGAGGCCGCUGCUGCAGGUUGAGCGCGUCGCCGUGUUCGUGUACUGGAGGGAGAUUGCGUUGCGCAUGGGCAUGGUCGGUGUCCCCGCGACGAUUGACGAGCUGGGCGUCUGGGUGGAGGAGUAUGAGAAGACGCACAUGUACUUUGCGGAGAGUAAUGUCGCGUGUGUCGAGGCGACGCUGGGGCUUUAUGUGCGCUUCCUGCCGAGGGUCUUGCAGGGUUUGGGGAGGUGGGUUGGGGCGGCGCUGAUUGAGCCCAGGGUGAGGCCGUUGGUCGGGGUUGCGGAGCCGCCGGGGUGGGUUGUUGGUCUGGUUGAGGGGGUGUUGGAUAUUAGGGCCUGGGUUGUUCGCGUCUUGUUUUUGCCGCGGUUUAGAGCGGUUGAUGCUGGUGGCGAGGCGGAUGUGAGGACGGGGAGGGUGAGGAGAAAGGUCUAUGCGUUUGAGCCGUGGUAUGUUGGGGAGACGUGGGUGCUGAGGGUUCUCAAGGCGCUUGGGCUGGGGAUCGCCCUGGGCAGGCCGUUGCCGGGCCCAGAGUAUUUGAGCGAUGGGUAUCUGCCCGAGGAGCUGGGGCCAAAGGAGUUUAGGGAGAAAUCGAGGGAGGAUGUCCUCGCCGACGCGGCCAGGAUGAGAGAGUAUGCCAGGCAGGGAGGAGGGAGUACCCUUGGGUGCCCGUUUGCGGUUGGGAGGUAA